CCAACUGCGUCGGCAUCGCUUCGACAAACGACAAGCAAGCUUCGACGACGUCGUAUCGACAGCAACAAGUGUAGAUAUUUCGUCAUAUCGCGACAUUCUUUCUCUUCUCGGGAGAAAUUUUUGACGUUUGACGAGAUUCGUGAACGUAGUGAGAACGAGAUACGACGAUGGCCACGUUAAGCUACAAAGCGUAUCUCUUGGACGAGGACAAAAUAUGGGAACCCACGGAAACGCGCAGAUUUGGCAUCGACGCUGACGUUGCGAUGAAUUUCGUAUAUCUGCGCGAAAAACUGCAAAGCAUUUUUCCGGAUCUGCGAGGAAAGAACUUCACCGUUACUUGGAGAGAUGAUGAAGACGAGUCCAUUACAAUAUCAACUAAUGAAGAGCUAGAGAUUGCAUUGGAGGAGAUGGCUAAAAAUAACAUCUAUAAACUGUACAUUACAAUGCAUCACAAUGGGGACCGAGAUACUAGAGGGAUAAACAUACCAAAUAUAGAAAAAAUAUUACAUCCUGGUGUAAUAUGUGAUGUGUGUGAGAAAAACAUACAUGGUUUCCGCUUCAAGUGCAUGCAAUGUUCGGAUUACGAUUUAUGCAAUGAAUGCAUGACGCUGGGCAAUCAUCACGACCACUAUCUGAUUCGUAUGACACAGCCAAUUAACUGGUCGAGUCGUGAUGGUCGCCGACUUGCUCAUAACAUGCGGAAAUUCUUGAAGAAGACGGCACAGCACAAGGACGACGAGCGCAGGUGCCCGCACAGGAGCAGUAGUAAGCGAGGCGGCUGUCCAAUGUUCAACAUGACAAGCGGUAAAGUUGGCUCUUUUGAACCAUCCAUUAUAAACUCAUUGGCGGAUUUUGUAAUAGACAUAUGUGCUGCUCCAUCAGAUGAGAGUCAUGAGCAGAAGCGAUCCAAGGAGCAGCACAGGGACCCAUCCGCUGAGGCUGCUACCGAGGCAACGGAAGACUCACAGGAGGCGACCAGGCACAGUUUUUCGCAAUUGUUGAAAAUAGUCGAGGACAAUCUUUCCAAUAUUUCACAAUUCUUGGAUCCACUCGGCAUCAAUGUCACUGUAAUGACCGACAAAGAUUCCACCAGGAACAAACCCACCGAGGCCAAAACUAGCACACAAAAACCCGAAAAUGGUGCAUCUUCAUCGGAGGAUUCUACUAAGAAAUUCCCAGGUGAAGGAAAGAAAUUGCAUAGUGAAACCGCAAGUACCACAGGUGAGAAAACUGCUUCUUCGACGAGCACAGAUGUGACAUCAGCACAGAAGAAGCCAACAGCAACUUGUGCCGAACAAGCGGCCGAAGCCGAGGAAUGGACGAUAGUGCAACCUCAGAAUGAGAACCACAACAUCAGCCGCACACCUUCUACUUCAUCCUCAUUGAAUGAGGCUACAGCUAAACAGAUUACACCAUCCGCGCCAGCAGCAACUGCGGCAGAACCAGAGAAAACAGAGCCUCCAAAGCAGAACAUCUACCCAUCCUUACCUAAAGAAGUAAAGAAUGAGUUCUAUCAUCCAAAUCCCAAGAUCCAAGAAGCUGUAACAGCGAUGAUGGCGAUGGGAUUCUCCAAUGAGGGUGGAUGGCUCACUCAUUUGCUUGUUUCAAAAGAUGGAGACAUCGGCAAGGCACUAGAUGUAUUACAUCCGGUACGCCAUCAUUAAAAAAAACAAAGCUAAAAUUUUAGUUGAUGAUAGUUUAUGUGCAAUAAUGAGUGGCAAAGGUAACUAUUAACAUAAUCGAUAGCUGAUGAUAGUUUGUUACUAAUAUUAUUCUUUAAUAACACACUCUUUAUGUUAAAUUUAUUUUAUAUUAUUUAAGUUAAUGCACAUAAUUUUAUUUUGGAAAAUUAAAUUAUUUUGUUUCAUGUUUUUUUUUUAUU